AAGCGCGCUGGAUAUUCGUUGAAAUCGUUCUCACUCUCUUUUACUGUCGGCCCACAGCUGAAGCGUAACCUAAACCCUAAUUUUUUUCCCCAAUUGUUAAACCCUCGGUCGCCAGCAGCAGCAGAAGGUCGAAGAAUCGGACGAUUCUUCUCUUCAUUUUUACUUAUACUAGUUCUGAACGAUUUUUCUGAACGAUUAGAGACUGUCCGUAUAAAGAUGCAGCACGAUGAGGUCAUCUGGCAAGUUAUCAGGCACAAACACUGCAGUUUCAUGGCCAAAAUUGAAACUGGGAUAUUUUGUCGGAAUCCGUACAAUGUAACCGGGAUAUGCAAUCGGAGCUCUUGCCCUCUCGCUAACAGUCGAUACGCCACUAUACGGGAUCAUGACGGAGUGUUUUAUUUGUAUAUGAAAACUAUAGAAAGGGCGCAUAUGCCGAAUAAAUUGUGGGAAAGAGUUAAGUUGCCGAGAAAUUAUGCAAAAGCUCUUGAGAUUAUUGACAAGCACAUGUUGUACUGGCCGAAGUUAUUGGUACACAAAACAAAGCAGAGAUUAACUAAGAUGACACAGAUGCGUAUACGGAUGAGAAAACUUGCUUUGAAAACAAGAGAGAAAAUUAUGACAGUGCCAACAAAACAAAAGAAAAGGGAAGCUCGAAGAGAGGAGAAGGCCGAGAAAGCAGCAGUUUUGGAGAAAAGUAUUGAAAAGGAAUUGCUUGAGCGCCUCAAGAAAGGAGUCUAUGGGGAUAUCUAUAAUUACCCUGUUGAUAAAUACAAUGAAAUCCUUGAUAAGGAAGUCGGAAAGGCUACUAUUAGUGAAGAUGAAGAGGAGGAGGAACCAGUUAUAGAAUAUGUGGAGGGCUAUGAGGAACUUGAAGAGGAGGACGAUAUGGAAGAUUUUGGUGGUCUAGCAAUCAGAGAAGAUUAUGAUAAUGCUGUUACUCAAAAUGCAGAUAGUAUGAAUGAUGAUGAUGACGACGACGAUGAAGAAGAAAAUGCAUCUGUUGCUCGUAAGAGAGGGAGGAAGAGUUCUGCAAGAAAGCUGGAGAAAGAAGAACCAGCAGCCAAAUCUAAGAAGAAAGGCAAAAUACAAGUUGAGGUUGAGCACGAAGACGCUGUUGAAAGACAAACAUCUGUGUAUUAAGGUCUUCCUUCCUCUCAUGUUCGUCUGCGAACUCAGAUUAACAACCUGAGGCAAGUUCACCAAAGCUUUAUCGUAUUUGCUUUGGGCUACCCCAUACCGAAAUAGGAGGGAGAGCUGCUCAAGGAUUGCCGAGUAAAUCGUGCAAACCUUAGACCCCGUUUUGUCGCUGUAGAGCCAGGCUUGAGACUUCCAUUGCUGGUUUUUUCACCAGAAUUUUGAAAUUUUGACAUGUUCCUAAUGAUUUUCCUGACUUGAAUGAGAAGCAUCUGGAUAGUUUAUCAAUUGUUGUAAAAUUGUACUGAUCUAUAUUUAUUUGAAAUUUGGUCUUUUUUAUUCUA